AUGGGCCCCGGCCCCGAGAUGGUUGUGGAGGGACCAGUCUCGUACAGUGAAUUGCCUCCGCCAGAAGUGAUCUGUCCGUCCAGGGACACUUCUGGGACUAAAGCUACUGUGGAAACUGACACUCCUUGCUCCCCGAAGGAUGAUGUGUUGGUCAAUAAAGUUACUUUGGGGGUUGGUCUUUCUUUGGCUCCCCAGGGAGAAAGGCUAACUGAUGUUACUGGCGGAACCCAACCUCAAGGAUCCAUGAGAAUGGUCCAAACCUCACAACCACUAGGUCACCCUAAUGAUGAAGUAAUUUGUACUUCCUCGCAACCUACUGAACAAAAUGUUCUCCCACCUUCUGAUAACACCAAUCAGACUCAUACGUACCUUGAAAAAGGUAAAUGGAAGGCAACUACAGCCUCUACUUCUACCUCUACCCGCCCAAGAUAUCCACGAAUUGUGGACGAAUCGACAACGAUCUUUGAAAGACGUGUACCUAAACCUAAAGAGGACACCAUUAUACAAAAUGGUAGAACCUACCGAAGGGGUCCUUAUAAUAAGGAUACCAAACUCACCGGCAAAGAAAUGCGUGCCCGACGCCUUGAGAUGCAGACCAAAAAGGCCAUCUCCGAACGAAAACAACGUCGAAUUGACACCCACUACGAACACCACAUCAUCAAAGUAGGCAAAAAGAAACGCCCCUACUUUCGCAGUGACAUUGGAAAUAUAAUCCGUCACUCAGACGAACCUCCAAAUGACGAAGGUCAUGCUACAACUACAACUGAUACACCAAUUGUACCUCCCGCUGACGCAAAUGCGCACUCAACAAGAACCGUGGCAAGCGAAUCCUUGCCAGGCCGACCCCUACGGGGUGUCAAUGCUGGGAUGCUCACCAGUGCAGCGCUUUUUGACAAACUCAAAUCCAACACUACAACCUCUCGUGAUGCGAACCAAACGGUACCACUUCAUCACCACUUGGUGAACACUCCGCAACUGCUACUCAAAGUAGUCUUGCCAAUGCUCGGACAAACCGGACACCGUCUGCAGAGGGAAGCCACCAUGAACCCUCCUACGCCUUGGGGGUAA